UCUUGUAGGGGUUGAAAGACGAGAGUGCCUGCCUUUUUCUUUCAGGUGGGACUUUCUCACCCUUCUUGGUUCCUGCAAUUCCUUAGGUGUGAAUCAAUGAAUUUCUGUGUUAAAUACUUGUAAAAUGACAACUAAUUUAUGGUGAUUUGGUUAGACAAAUUGGAGACAUAUAUUAUACUUUAUUAGAUAAAUCCAAAGUUGGACUAAUCGUUAGUAUUGUUAGCCUAAAUAUUAGUUGGAUUUCAGCCCAUACAUUUUAUAGUUGGAUUUCAGCCCAUAGUUUUAUCUAAUAUUAUGUGUCGUUUAUUCUAGAAAUCAACUUAAUUUGGGGGAGGGGGAGGGGGGGGGGGGGGGGGGGGUUAUAAAACAUAAAAUGACACAAGUAAUCAUUUAGAAAAUAAAAUUAGGUGAUGCCCAAAAAAUUAGGUUUUUCAUUGUCAUUGAGCAAGGAUUUUGCUUUUGAAAGCGAUUCAACAUUUCUGCUAUAAGGGUAAGUUUGUGACUUGUUAUGAAAUUGAUCGUUGAUCGUAUAUUAUAUAGUGAUUUAUGUAUUGAGAGGUUUCUUCGAAAGGCUGACGACUAAAAUUGCGAAGAAUCGUCAUCAAUUUGAACCCUUUUCGCAAAUUUUAUAAUAUGAUUCUAUUAUGACAUUUAUGGUAUGAGAGAAACAGAAAAUCAUUAAAUAUGCACAUCUUGGGAAGUCUGAUUGAUUACAAGUACUACUGUUAUUUUUCAAAAACUUUUUUGAAUUAAGAAAAUGUAAGAAGUCAAUGUGGGUUAGAGGCUAGCGUACUGAAAAUUUACCAUACUAGUUUAGGUCAUGGAUCAAACCCCUCAAGUGUGAAAUCACGGGUGGUUUAACCGUGCUUUCUCGAUAAGUAUUGCAGAAUGCUCUCUCGGUCUAACUUUUAUAGCAUUUUGAAACUUGAAAUAAUCAUAUCACUUUAUUGUUGCUUAUGUAUCCAGUGAUUAAAAAUCAGUAUAGUACUAAUGUUUAUAUGAUGUUUAAAUACCUUAGCAUGAUGGUGGAAUCAAGUGAGUAUCCAGUUCGUCCUGGUAUAAAAGAUUGUCAGUUUUAUCUAAGAACUGGUAGAUGCGGCUACGGAGAAAAUUGUUGCUACAAUCAUCCAAAGGAGAUACCAACAGGGAAGAUUAAUAUGCCAAAGUGUAAGUUUUUUCUGAGAGGAAAAUGUAAGAACGGCUCACAUUGUGAUUUCGAUCACUCAAAGGAAGGGGAUCGUGCAGAACAUACGCGUCAGGGCCAGAAAAGAUACAGAACUGAGUCAACGUCAAGGUCAAGUCCAGAGAAGAGGAAACAUAGGCAGGGAGAUAUUGAGAAGCAGAGUACAGAGGCUGAAGACAUUCCGCAGGGAGAAAAACUGAGGGAGAUGCAAGAGAAUGAUAAUGAUCAACAGAAACUAGUGGAACAGAGAAAGAGAGAUAUUGAGAGGCAGAGGAGAGAGGCUCGUUUGAGUCUUGAGCAGAUCAAACCAACAGUUUAUUUUGAUGAAGCCAUUCGCAUCAGAGAGAUAUUAGCAGAAUUUGGAUUCAUACAUACAGAAGGCGAUGGAUUAUAAUAGUUACGAGGAUACAAAAGAGAAUUCCAGCUUCUUGGAACACAAGAAACUGAUGCGUUGUGAAGCUUUCGUUUUUUUAACCUCGUGGUUGUUGUAUUGAUUAAACUACAAUAAAUACUGAGAUUCGGAUACAUUUGAGCAUAUAUGCUCUGGAGAUAAGCCAGUGAAAACAAAAACGUAGAUCAAAAGUUAAUAUCAAAACUUUUAUUUUAUCAUUACAAUUUAUAAUUAUAAACUUCUAUAUACUGUCUUGCUGGUUUGAUCAUAAAUACAUAUUUUUGAAAUCUAUUAUUGUUAACCUCAUUUAUAAACUUAAUUAAUAUAUUUUAAAUACAGUUAGUUCUUAUGUACCUCUGAUUUGGUCAGUUGAAUUGGAUUAAUCUAUUCUAUUAAAAUAGAGUCAUUUAAA